AUGGCUCCGUCUACCAUCCGGGGGGGUAUCCCCUGGGAUCUCCUCAUUGAGUUUGCCAAAGAGAAGAAGGCGGAGGAGGAACAAACUGGUUUGCCUGCGCAGUUGGGCCAGCAGCAAAUCACCGCUAUCUCGUCCCUCAUCUCGCUCAUCCCAGAGCCUGAUGUCACCGAAGGGAACUGGAUCAGCACUCUGAACACCUACUGCCAGCAGAACAAGCACCCCCUCCCGCACUGGUUGCCCAGUGAGACCUUCAACGUCGUCGCCCACGGGGUCAGUCUCCAACGUUCCCGUGUCAGCUGCCACCUCCCCUGGUGCAAUCAGACGUUCCCUCAGGAAGGAUUCGGUUACGAGCCCGGUCAGGAUCCCCCGACAUUCAAGAAGGCGCAGCAGGCGAAGCAGUUCGCCGCCAUGCAGGCCUACGACUAUAUCCAAAGCACCCGGGGCAACAAGCGACCUGCCUCCACGACCCAGGGCUCACCCUCUCGCACUAGAGUCAAGGCUGAAGAGGACAACUCGGACGGAGGCGUUUCCACGAUCGCUGUGCCUCCCCAGACCGGCGGUGCCUCCAGCAGUACCCCCUUGAUCCGCGAGCGAGUCGCCCUUCUGGCCGGCCAGAUGAACUAUGGAAUUCCAGAGUACUUUAUCGAGCAGGACGGCGAGACUUGGAGAGGCUGCCCAAUCUUUAGAAACGAUGGACGGAUCCCCGAGGGUGUGGGCGCCGUGAGCGGCUACGCUGAUCGACAGCAGGCUGAGGAUGCCGUCGCUGAGAAGGUGCUUGAGUGGCUCGAGCAGGAGGUUUUGGCAAAAGAAGCGCUACUUGGCAAGACUACAGGCCAGACUUGA